GCUGGUUAAGUGCUACAGCUGCUAACCAAAAGGUCGAGUUCAAAUCCACCAGGAGCUCCUUGAAAACUCUACCGGGGCAGCUCUGCUCUUUCCUGUAGGGUCGCCAUGAGUCAAUUGACUCUAUGGCAAUGGGUUUGGUGGUUUUUUCGGGUGGCUAGUUAGGGUCACUUUUUUUAGUUAGGGUCAUUAUGAGUCCGCAUGGGUUGGAUGGCAACGAGUAGUAGUAGUGGUAGGGUGGCUAGUGGUUAAGAACUUGGCUGCUAAAGGCUGCAAACAAAAAGGUGGGGGCGAAUCCGUCAGGCAUUCCUUGGAAACCCUAUGGGGCAGUUUUUUUCUGUGCUAUAGGGUGGCUAGGAGUCAAAAUUGACGGGACAGCAACGGUUUGGUGUUUUGGGGUGUAACACAAGCAGUCCUGGUGGCAGUGGUGGUGAAGCACUCGGCUGCUAACUGCAAAGUUGGUGUUUUGAACCCACCAUCCGCUCCGUGGGAGUCUGCCUCUGUAAAGAUGACAACCUCGGAAACCGUGUGGGUCAGUUCUGCUAUAACCUGUAGCAUUGUGUGUGGGGGGGGCAUCAUCUCCAGGCAGUGGGUUUGGUUUUGGUUUUUGGGUGUAACUCUGGAGCAUGGCUGGAGCUGGGUGGCUGGGCAUGAGGGCCAAGACCUGCCCUUGGGAAGAAAAAAAGAUCUUGAAGUUCUGGGGCGGGGCCAGAACCCAAAGGGGCGUGGUUAGAGUGCUGUGGUUGGUCAGCAUGGGCAGGGGGCGGGAUCAGGGGCAGGAGGAGGCCCGCCCUGCAGGGGCGUGGCCAUGCGGUGGGGGCGGAGCUGGAGGGGGAGUUUUAGAAGGCGGGGGCGGCCCUUGGGUGCGGGCGUGGGCCUGGGAGGGGGCAGGCGGGCGCGGAGGGGCGGGGCCUUGCGGGCCGUGGCUCCGGGCCGAGUGGGCUGCGGGGAUGCGGGGCACGAGCUGCGUGGGCGGCGGCGGCGAGAGCCCUGGCAGCGCCGGGCUGAGCGAGGGCCCGCGGGGCCGCUGGCUGCGCCUGGCUCCUGUCUGCGCUUACUUCAUCUGCGUGUCGCUGGCUGCCGUGCUGCUCGCCGUCUACUACGGCCUCAUCUGGGUGCCCACGCGGCCACCCGCGGCCCCCGCCGGCCAGCCGCCCAGCGCGCCCGCCCCGUGCGCCGCCCGCCCCGGCGCGCCGCCCGCUCCGGCGCCUGUCGCCGCCUCCUGCGCCUUGGGGGCCCCCGGCGGGCCGCGACCGCAGCUUCAGCCCCCGCAGAGCCGCCGCCGCCGCCACAGCGGCUCAGCCACCGCCCGAGCCACCUGACGCCCGGAGAGAUGCCGGAGGCCGCGGAGUUGAGGACCCGGUAAUCCUCCACCCCCACCCGGUCCGAACCACCGGCCCUUGAGAUGCGUCGUACCCGGAUGGACCCCGGUUCCCUCUUAAUGGCGUCGCACAGUGUCUGCGGAGCCGUCAUCCUGAAGAAUGGAGUCGGGGGCUUCGCGGCCCCGCCCCUGGGAGCUCCGCUGUCAGGCCGGGUCCUCACCAUCUCGCAGACCUGUCCUCUACUCCCUGUCUUCUGUUCUCUGACCAUCACUUCGUAGGAUUGAGCACAGAGCUCACAGCCACCGCCCCCUCCCCUUCUCCCUCAAUCACCCUAUCUAUUUGCAAUAAAGUGCAGCCCCACCUGCCUCUGGUGCAUGUCGUGGUUUUUGGAGAGGUGUCUUAAGUUUUUGAGCGGAAGUCCUUUCUAGGGUUUAAUCUUUGUAUCUCUCUGGUUAGGCGGUGCAGUCUUGUCCCCUUCCCUAGGGGAACCGUUUCCUUCGUCCUUUGCUUCCCGGUAGUUUUUGGGUUGGUGUGGGGAGAAGAGACUUAUGUGCAGUAGGGCAGUUGAAGGUCAGACAGUGUGAACGACUUCCCAGUUGUGUGUGUGCUUGGGGUAGAGGACAAGAGCCUUUCUGGACAGAGGUAAAAGGCCUGCCCUGAUCUCACAACACAGGAGAAGGGAGAAAUGGGAUGAUUUUGCACAAGAACUGGGGUUCUGAGAGUCGCUAUUGUAAUUAUGAUGUCCAGGACCCAGGCUAUCUCUCCGACCCCUCAGGAUGCAGUUGUCAGGUGCCACUGAGUCGAUUCCCACUCAUAGUGACCGUAUAUGACAGAGUAGAACUGCCCCAUAGGGUGUUUUAGGCUGUAAUCUUUAUGGAAGGAGAUCUCCAGAUCUUUCUCCUUCAGAGCCUAGCGGCCGGGUGGGUCAGAAUCACUAACUUUUCUGGUAGUAGUCGAGCACCUAACUGUUGCACCUCCAGGAAUCUUUGUCAGGAUGCUACUGAGAAGGAAAGAUUCUCCCUUCUUCCUGGAGUCAGAGGGAUGAGCGUGGUCAGGGGUGGUGGUCCGACUGCUCUGCCCGCCUCAAAACCACAGAGGAGAUUAUCAAAGCCCCGUGCUGCCUUUGAAGAUUCCUACAACCUCUCGGACCUGCAGUGCUGCUCGUCCAGCUGAAGGAGUCAGAGGUAGUUGGUCCAUUUUCUCACCAGGCAGACUGAGGGUUGGCUCUGGGCAGGGCCUGGAGCCUGGCAUGUGGGAAGCUGGUUUUCUGUCCAGCCUUCCCCAUUGAACUGGAGACUUUCCGAGGAGAGUGAAGCUCCUCCUGCAGACCAGGACAUCUGUGGAUAUGGUCAGGGCUGGGAAUGUCGGUGACUCUGCUUACCUCAUCUCCUAUAGGCCAGUCCCUCACCACUGCCCUCCCCCCACCCAGAGGGGGUAGAUACAGGAGACUAAAGGACAACUCAGAAGGCAGUACCUCUUUACAGCCAACACGGUAGUAAUUAAGGGCACUGAUUUGGGGGCCAAAGGGCCCAGGUUCAAAUCUUAGCUCUUCCUCUCAUUAGCUGUGUGACUUUGGGCAGGCUACUCAACCUCUCUGAGCCUGUAAAAUGAAGAUGAUAAUUGUACUUACAGAGUUGCUCUGAGAGUCAUCUAAAGCCCUUAGAACAGCGUCACAAGCUCUCUCUCUCCAUCUUCCUCCAUCGCUCAGAGCUUUAAAAACCACACCUUGGAUCCUGAGGGAUAAGUCAGCUCAGAGCCCUGAGCCCCAGCAAAUGGUUAAGAGGGAGGGACCUCUCCAUCUCUGUUCCCACUAGCUGUCCUCUUUCUGUUUUCCAGCUUUUUUCUUCCAGCCCUAUUUCUCCAUGACCUCUCUGUCUCUCUCCUUGUCUUUGUGUCUUCCUCUCCACCUUCAUUUCUCUCCUAUUUUCUCUGUGUCUGUCUCUCUGUUCCUGUCUCUGAAUCUUUGUCUCUCCCUGAUGUCUCUCAGUAUUGUUUCUGUCUCUCAGUCCUUGUGUCUCUGUCUCUCUCUGAUGUCUCAGCAUUGUCUCUCAAUCUUUAUGUCUCUGUCUCCCCUUGAUGUCUCUCAGUAUUGUCUGUCUCUCAAUCCUUGUGUCUCUCUGUCCCUGAUGUCUCUUGAUCCUUGUGUCUCUGUGUCUCUCCCUGAUGUGUCUCAGUAUUGUCUUUCAAUCCUUGUAUCUAUCUGUCUCUCCCUGGUAUCUCUCAGUAUUGUCUCUGUCUCUCAAUACUUGUGUCUUUGUUUCUCCCUGAUGUCUCACUAUUGUCUCUCAAUCUUUGUGUCUCUGUGUCUCUCCCUGAAUCUCUUCAUGGUGUCUCCCUGCCUGUCUCUCACUCUGUAUCUCUCUACUCUCUAUCUUCUCUCUGUUGCUCUCUUCCCUCCCACCCCAUGCUUCCUUUAUUUCUUCUCUCCCCACACCUCCCCUCAACACCUCCCCACCUUGCUCUCCCUUUCUGUCCUACCUACCUUCUCCACCUCUCCCCUAGUCUCAGCCCAUCUCCCCGUCCCCUAUCUCCUCCCCUUUCACAAUCUCUCUUCCCUUCUCUGUUUCUCCCGGUCUCUUCUAGGCUUAAUCUUUCAUUUAACACACAUUUAUUGGGCACCUACUAUGCACCACGUCUUGUUUAAGCACUGGGGAUACAGCAGUGAAAAAACUGGGCAAAAAUCCCUGCCCUCUAUGGAGCUGAUACAUUAGUGGGAAGACAGACAAGAGAUACACUUAAUACAUUAAAUGCCUGUUAUGUCAGAUUAAUGGCCGAAGACCAGACAAGCUGUGGAAUGACAUUAAGGACAUCAUAUACGAAAAAAGCAAGAGGUCAUUGGAAAGACAGGAAAGAAAGAAAAGACCAAGAUGGAUGGAUGUCAGAAGAGACUCUGAAACUUGAAUGUCGAGCAGCUAAAGCAAAAGGAAGAAACGAUGAAGUAUAAGAACUGAACAGAAGAUUUCGAAGGGUGGCUCGAAAAGACAAGGUAAAGUAUUAUAAUGACGUGUGCAAAGAGCUGGAGAUAGAAAGCCAAAAAGGAAGAACAUGCUUGGCGUUUCUCAAGGUGAAAGAACUGAAGAAAACAUUCAAGCCUCGAGUUGCAACAGUGAAGGAUUCUAUGGGGAAAAUAUUAAAUGACGCAGGAAGCAUCAAAAGAAGAUGGAAGGAAUACACAGAGUCAUUAUACCAAAAAGAAUUAGUUGACGUUCAACCAUUUCAAGAGGUGGCAUAUGAUCAGGAACCAAUGGUACCGAAGGAAGAAGUCCAAGCUGCACUGAAGGCACUGGCAAAAAGCAAGGCUCCAGGAAUUGAUGGAAUAUCAAUUGAGAUGUUUCAACCAAUGGAUGCAGCCCUGGAAAUGUUCACUCAUCUAGGUCAAGAAGUAUGGAAGACAGCUUCCUGGCCAACCAACUGGAAGAGAUCCAUAUAUUUAUGCCUAUUCCCAAGAAAGGUGAUCCAACUGAAUGCAGAAAUUAUUGAACAAUAUCAUUAACAUCACAUGCAAGCAAAAUUUUGCUGAAGGUUAUUCAAAAGUGGUUGCAGCAGUAUAUUGACAGGGAACUGUCAGAAAUUCAGGCCGAUUUCAGAAGAGGAUGUGGAACCAGGGAUACCAUUGCUGAUGU